AUGGUUGCCAAUAAGAUCGCUAAGAAGUCGGACUUACAUGUUGCCAUUAUCGGUGAUGAGGAGACCGUAUCAGGUUUCUGUCUAGCUGGUUCGGGUAUGCGUGAUGGUAAUGGUAUUACUAACUUCCUCGUAGUAGAUGCCAAGACCCGACGUAAUGACAUCGAGGAAGCCUUUAAGACCUUCGUUGAGCGUCCCGAUGUGGCCAUCGUCAUCAUCAAUCAGCCCAUCGCCGAACAAAUCCGUCAUGUUGUCCGAAAGUACACCAGUAGUGGUUCUGCUAUACCUGCCGUUCUCGAGAUACCGAGUAAGGAGUCUCCUUAUAACCCAGCUCAGGAUUCCAUCAUGCAACGUGUGCAGAUGUUCUUCGGCCAGGCUUAA